AUGUCAAUCGAUGAUCAAACCGAUCAGCUUGAUCGCGAGAUCAAUAAUAUGCGUAGUUUGGAGCAAAAAGUGAAGGAAUACAAGCUGAACCACGCCCAUAAAGCAGCACAGACAGAGGAAAAGAUCACUGAAUUGGCCAAUCUAAUGACGAUUUCUGGGAAAAAUAUGGUGAAUGUGUGUGAGGAGAAGCUCAAGAAGUUUGCAGCUAUCAUUGAGCCAUACCUCAACAGCGGAGUCGCAAAAUCGAAAGAGGGAGAACUGCCAAUUAUAGAUAGAUAUAUUGCGCUCAUCGCAUCCAUUGAAGGACUCGAUUCGACGAUUCGAAAGACUUCAGAGGUGUCUAGACUCGCUGCGAAGCAUCACAAAAUUCUAUAUUCUAUCGACGUCAAGCAACGCGAAGCGAUCGCACGCCAUGAAAGAUUGACUCGCAUCCAAAAUCUCAACAAUGAGUUUCCUUCCGGAUCACCACUACAUUUAUUGGCCGUUCUGCCAGCAUUACUGAUGACUUUGGAUCGAAACCCUAAGUGCUCGGACUACUAUAAAAAGAAAUUCGGAGAAAUGCAAGGGCGCAUUCUUACUCUGUUUGCUACUAUGGCUCACGAUGAACCACCAAAAAUUGAAGGAAUGGGAAGUAUGCUGUCGACUCAAUCGAGCCUCAGCAAUGGAGAAAUCAAUCUGGAAUCAAUCAAUGAUCGCAGUGAAAUUCCAAUCGACAAUUCUGAAAGUCUAGCUUCCUCGCAUUAG